AUGGGAGACUCGGCUGGUAUGUAUGGGAAUUCUGGUGAUACAGAUUUGCUUGAGCUCACAGGAAAAAUCAUGGUGGUGGCUAUAAUAAUCCUUUCCAUUGUGGCAGUUUUUUUGUUUUGUCUUCACCUCUAUGCCAAAUGGUUCUUGCACCGCCGCCAAGAAAACGCCACCACCACAUCCCACCGCCGCCGCCGCAACUUUGACUUCGCUGCUGGGCACCUAGAAGUAACUGUUAUCACUGCUCGCCCCGGCCUAGACCCGGCGACGCUCAAAACUAUACCUGUAGUCGUAUUUGAUCCCAAAGAGUUUAAAGAAGGAUUAGAAUGUGCAGUGUGUUUGUGUGAGAUUUCUGAUGGUGAAAAAGCCAGGCUUUUACCAAAAUGCAAGCACGGAUUUCAUGUUGAAUGCAUUGAUAUGUGGUUCCAAUCACAUUCAACUUGCCCUCUUUGUCGAAACCCGGUUUCAAAUUCGAGUCAACCCUCUUCGAAUUCUGUAACUACUGAAUCAACACUUGAUACUAUAUUACAAACCCCAAUUGGGGAAAAUUCAGGCGUUAAUGGUACAGAUGUUCCAAGUUUCCCUACCAACGUGUUGUUUUGGGGUAAUGAAACUCAGAUUAGCGUAUUGGGUCCUUGUUUGGAGGAUGGCAGUGGAAUUAGUACCAGUGCCACUUCCUCACAGACACCUAGUUCUUCAUCAUCCCAGUCGACUAGUAAUAGGCCGGACGGCAUGAUGGUGAUUGAUAUACCAAGGCCGUUUAAUGACGAGGAAGAACAAAAAUCUCCGGUGCCUACACGAUUGAGGUCAUUGAAAAGGCUCUUGAGCGGUAACAGAAGGAUCAAUCCUUGCAGUCCAAGAAAUGUUGAUCUGUAG